CGACCUCGCGUGAUUCGAAAGCGGGGUCGAACCACCACAACAGGCGGCUCAGCGCAGAGCCUCAUCCUACCGUUGGACAAUGGGGGACUGUAUCUUGGCUCAGUAACCUUGUAGCGGGCUAUAUAGAGGCGCCUUUGACGAUGACCUUCACGGAGCUACCCCAUCCUGCACGCCAUCCAUUGCGACACACUCUGCAAUCAUGGCUGCCAUCACGGACACGGAGCGGCCCCAGGCCCUUGGCUACUAUUCUCUGAAGCUAUUCAGUGACACCCAUUCCUCCCCACUGGUUGAUCCACCGAAGCUCGAUGAAGCCCUGCCUGGCUUUCCUUCCCGCUAUGACGGGGAACGAGUCUGGGUGGGCUCAGACAUGGUCGCGAAGCAGGACGAGUGGAUCGUUGCUUUGACAGAUCAAGACAAAGCCCACAUUGGGCAAGCCUUGCGUCACUUCCAAGGUUUGAACCUUGGGCCCGGUGCGCUGAACCGCGAGACGUUUCCUCUCCCCGAGGAGCUCGUAAAGAGAUUGAGAACUUUAACUCACGGAUGUUACGAGGGUCGUGGAUUUGCCGUGCUUCGUGGAUUGGACCCAGCCGCACACUCUGAUGAAGAAAAUGUCUUGAUCUUUGGCGGAAUCUCCUCGCACGUAGCCCCAACCCGAGGCUUCCAGGACCUGGCUCGUGAGAUGGUCACCUGCCAUGUGCUUAGCGAGGAUAUGAGGCCGGGCUCCAAGGAGCAAAACCUGCGUCCGGCCUUCACCAACGGCCGCCUCGCAUUCCACACCGACGUGGGCGACAUCCUGGCCUUGUUCGCCCUCGAUGUCUCCGACACGGGCGGCGAGACCAUGAUUGUCAGCUCUUCCCAGCUCUACAAUGAGCUCGCCGCCACGCGCCCGGACCUGCUUGCCGAGCUGGGCAAGAACUGGGUCUUCUUCCACUCCCAGGAUUACUACAGCGACGGCACCCCUCUCAUCACCAACACGGCCUCCAACCAGCUCGUCUUCCAGUUUUCUCGCCUCCCCAUCACCGGCUUCCGCAGCCAAAAGGGAAACCCCACGCUGCCCCCCCUGACGGCCAAGCGCCUCGAGGCCAUGGCGUAUGUCGAGGAACUGGCAUGGAAGCACGCCUUCCCGCUCCCGCGCCAGCCGGGCGACAUCGCCUACAUCAACAACCUAUGCCUGAUGCACGCGCGCAGCGCUUUCGAUCUGGAUGCCGAAGGGAACCCGCUGCCGUCGAAGCGCCACCUGGUCAAGCUGAUGCUGCAGGACCCGGACAUGGCGUGGGAAUUGCCGGGCCACUUGGAGUGGUAUUCGAAGCGACUGUAUGGGCCGAACCGGGAGGAUGGUACGAGGGAGGAGACGUGGCAGCUGAGCGUCAAGGACGAGCGGCUCCCGGACGGCAGGAUCUGGGCGGGCUCGGGAGCUCUAUCGAAUGGUUAACGGCCUUUUUGAUCGUUGGAGAAGUUUGGGUAUCCCUAUUCGUUCUUGUAUGGGCCUCCAGUAUGACCAAAUGCUUGUAUGGAUUUCUAGUAUAACCAGAU